AGCGUUAUUACAGUUUUCGGGUAGCUGUGGUCUUACCUCUUUUAAUUUAAAACACCCACGCACUGGCGUGUACAGUCUGGACCUGUAACGUUAGUGGACACGAGCCUUAGCGUUAGCAGAAAAGCUAGCUAUGACAAUCUUUGAGCCAUCGCUUUAAAUGAAGUUCUUUUUACUACAAGUUAUUUUCAUACAGGCCAGCGUGCAUAUACGAUUACAGAAUCUAACAGUAUAGUCCACGUUGCUUUAUAAAUGAAUAGUUUAUGAUGAAGGGAGUUUGUAAAUGUUGUCUGGAGCUCCAAAGGGAGAAAACUGUCUUAUAGACAUGGACAGCAAGGCAGGAGAUCUGUUCAGUGCUGAGGAAGCUCAUCCAACUGGCACAGGUGGAGCUGGAAUCCUGUCAAAGCUCUGGCUCCCUAGAGGCCUCUCAAUAGGUGUGGCUAAAGAGUGGAUUGAACGGCGGCGAGUGUCUAUUAGACCAUGGGCCAGCUUUGUGGACCAGCGCAAGUUUUCAAAACCCCGCAGCUUUGGAGAGUUGUGUCAGAGGGUGGUGAAAAAUGUGGAAACUUACAAUAGCAACUACACCUUCAUCUUCCUGGGUCUCAUCCUCUACUGCAUUAUCAGUUCCCCCAUGCUUCUGAUUGCCUUGGCUGUAUUCGCUGGUGCCUUCUACAUAAUCCACCUCAAGUCACUGGAGUCCAAGCUGGUUGUCUUUGGAAGGGAGCUGACUAUGCCUCAUCAGAUGAGUUUGGCUGGAGCCAUUUCUCUACCUGUGUUCUGGUUGGCUGGAGCUGGAGCUGCGGUCUUUUGGGUUCUGGGAGCGACGCUGUUUGUGAUUGGCUCUCAUGCGGCAUUCCGUGAGCUGGAGGGAUCUGACAUGGAAGAGCUCUUCAUGGAGCCCGUGUGAAGAGCAGGCUGAACUUUCAGCAGGUAUCUGGCAACAAUCAGUCUUCAUUUCCACCCUGUAAUCACGGUAGUCCAGAGGGUUGGGGAAAAACUGUUCCUAGAUCUCUUCCUUAGCUACAUCUGUAUUCCCUGUAUUUUACCUAUUCCUGUGUACAAAGAAAGCACCUUGCCUUGCCUUUUAAAUGAUUAUUGUUACAGACUGUAUAGCCUUUUCAACUCACUCAUACACAUAUCCUGUCAUAUUCAGCAAUUAAUUUGUUAAUGAGUAUUUAAGCACAGUGUCACACAUUAUAUGCCUUCCUUUGUAUAUUUUAAACCUUGGAUGCCUCUGGUUUGUGUCAAAUAACCCCUUGCCCUCUGCAAUGUCCCUUAAACUGUGACGUAUCCUUCAGUUUAUUAAUCUCUUAAAGCACCAUUUGUACUGUUCUCUGCUGCAGAUAUCUUGGUAAAGAGCUGCUGCCUGUCAGGAAUGCAAAUUUUAUAAUUUAAAGAUUAUGUACACUUGUCAUGUUAAUACUUCCAAACUGUUAAACCAUUGAUUAAUGGUCCAAAGGAAAAGUGCCAUUUAAAGCUUUAAAUAUAUACCAUGCACAAAUGUGUUAUUCAAGAGAUUGCAAAAACAAAUAAUGAGAAGACAUUUGUGAAGGUGACCAGUUAGUAGAGGUGUUUUAUAUUGAGGACAAUAUGGUACUUUGCUGACUUGACUGUCUAUAUGCAUAUUUAUCAGCUCUGCUUACAAUAUUCACAUUUGAAAGUCAUUCUGUAAACCUAAAACUUUUGUUUUUUGAAAUUCAUUUGUUUGCAUUUUAUGUCAGUUGGGUGGUUUUGUAUUUAAUGAACUUUAUGGAAGUGCAAUAAACCCCUGAUGUAAAGUUAA